UCGACAACCGUCAAGUCGGCAUUCUUUCCGUCCGAAUCAAGGCACCCUUGUCGAUACUUCGUUCCCCGUUAUUACUCAUCAGCGUUGUUGAGUGAGAACACCCAAACAGCAAGCUGCUAUUAGGUUUAUAUGGUUUUGGUAAAGGUUGCAGAUAUUCAUCUUUAGCAAACCGGGUGGACGGCCGUACGGCCGUCUCACAGAGGAGGGAGGAGUCUCGAGGAUAAAGUGAGCUACGUAACCCUGGCCGGCUAAGGCGGAAAGGUAGCUUGAAGGAGAAACAUACCGUUGUCUGAUUCCUGGGAUCUGAUUCAUUUGUGUCCUGUUCUCCCUGGUCGUUGCAUUGUUCGCCACCCUUAUCCAGUCGUUCGGAUAUGGAUGCUCAGUACCCUUUUGCUUCACGUGACGACAUCUGGCGCGUCUUCGAAGAGCUGAAGGAGCUCCAUGCUACACAGUUCGAGCAGGCGGAGCGAAUCGCAAGACUGGAGCGGCGAAGGGACGAUGAUGCGAGAUUGAAAAGUGUCUGGGGUCCUCUAUCUCCGUUUCCUACAUCCGUUGCAGGCACAAUACCGACAGAGCCUAUCUUUCAUUCGCCGGCCGACGCUUUCAAAGGUUUCGAUCAGGGACAGCAUCACGGGGUUGGGGGGACCAUGGGCAUAGAGAGCGAAGAGGAACCAAGACGAGGGACAUCCAGAGCGAAUAGUGUUCGCUUUGAUGAAAGCGCUAUUCACGGUUACUAUGGGCAAGCUAGUCGGUCUACCAGCGAGCUCCCACUGCGAACGGGGAGUGGCAUGGGAAGCCAUCCGCUGACCGAGCGGUCUUUGUCUCACCGAUCUGACGGACGACUUAGCUCAUCGGGACAUUCCCAUCACUCGGCGCGUACCAAUAGUCUAGGGUUGGAAACCACCAGCAGAAUGAUGGGCUCUUCUGUCGGUGGUUCCCCUCUCAUUCCUCCACCUGGACUUUUUCUCCUUGGCCCUGUACCCUGCAUUAUACGGUGCUGGUUGACGACCAACUUCUCCAAUGACUCGCUUCUGUAUGCAGCUGUCUGCUCGGGGUCGUAUAAAUCGUCACUGGGCUAUCCUUUGAUUCAAAAGCUUGGUCUCGAGGGCCUGGUAACACAGGAGGAAGACCUGCAGUUCAUCAAGCUUCCGAUGUAUCUUCCCGAGGCUAGCAUUCACCAAUCAUCAUCCAGGCCUGGUAGCCCAGUCCACCAGCUGCCCUCACUGACUGUCCGAUUCCUUGUCCGUGACAUCGAUUCCAGUGACCCUUCCAUUCAGAUUGUUCUUGGCAGUGAUAUCCUUCGUUCUCAUAAUGCAGAACUGCUCUUCUCACAGGACAAGAUUAUCAUGGUGGACGAUGAGCGGAACAAGAUCUCGAUCCCUCUUGUGCGGCCUGAAGAUGACUCAGCUUUCAAGUUCCUUCGCACGGCGUCGGAUGCCUCACGUACUACGGGCACGACUCAAUCGCUUCAAACUAGCGCUCAACCAGACACCAAUGGCCAUUCAGUCGGUGUCAUUGGCCCACCUAGGAGUCUGUCUCGACAGUCCAGGUCAGCAUCUGCUUCCGCUAGAGACUCGACUGAGGAACCUGAAGAAAGUCGAAAGACAUCUUUGGAUACCCAGGAACUACCAAGGACCGCCGAAUCCACCAGCGUGAGCAAGCCAGCUGUAGUCGCUGGGUCUCCGCCGGAGGGCCCGGCGAAGGUGGAGUCAACCGGGGUUUGGGGUUCGUGGAAACGCGACACCAGAUUAGAUUCUAAUGCUUCCACCGCCUGUAAGACUUCCAAAACUCGCCCUAUGAAAGUCCUGCGCCCGACCAAGUCUUCCUCUCGAACGUCAUCGGCUACAACCGUACCCACCAGCUCCAGUAAUGAUGCAGUCCCGGUGCCCUCUCAGCCGGCAUCCUCGCGAGCGUCCCCAGACGAGACUCGGACGGGUAAACCAUGGGUAUCCAAUCCCAUUGGCGGCGCCUCUGCGUUUGGGUGGCUCAACUCGUCUCAACCGACCCGAGCUGUGACGAACCCUAAAUGAAAUAAAUUAGGGGUCCAGUCCUGAUUGACGGGCUACCUAUGCGUGUAACGUAACCGUCUUCGGCGACGUUAAAUUGAGCGUUUGACGGUGUUUGUCGACUUCACAUGUACUAUGCAGUAACCGGUUUAUAGCGUAGUAGUAACAUCCUGACUGCAGUCCCACA